CCAUCAAUCAAAGUAAAGAGCCUAAAGAACUCCACCAAAAAAACAAACACAACAUCAAUCAAAGCUUGGAGCCUAAAGAGCCCUAUUUCAUAGCAAAGAGAUCUUGGAUUUUGAUUUCAAAAAUAUACAGGGAGAGAGUUCGAGUAGAGAGACUGACGAAAUCUUCUUCUCCACCACUUGAAAUCAUAACCAAGUUCUGCGAUUUCGCUGCUAAAGAAAACCCAGUUUAACCAUAACCAAGUUCUGCGAUUUCGCUGCUAAAGAAAACCCAGUUUAACCAUUUUUCUCCUCUCUUAUCUAGGUCUCUCGUCGAAGGAGAUGACUUCUCAUAUUCCGUCACUGAUCCCAAAGCGCGAGCCAGGCACUGAAUCCGACUCACAAGCCUGGGUUUCAUCAUCGUCCAUCAACAAAUCCAACGUCAUCGUCGAACCCAGCUUGUACACGGAGUUCAACAAUGUCGCGGAGACAUUUCGCUCAGCGUUCGCUCAACGCCUCAAUCGUCACGAGGACGUCACGGUGCUCGAUUCUCUUACCGGCGCAAUCGUACCGGUGGAGGAAGAACCGGCUCCGGUUACUUACCCAACCAGCGACGCUUCCCAAUCGGUUGUUACUCGAAGGCCGAAGCCACAGGAACGUUCUUCGGAGCUGGUGAGGAUCACUGAUGUUGGGCCAGAAGGAGAGAGACAGUUCCGAGAAUAUGUUCGGAAGACGAGAAUGAUCUACGAUUCGCUUAGGAUCUUCUUGAUAAUGGAAAAUCAGCGUGAGGGGAUUGGGAUGAGGAGAGGUAGGCCUGAUAGUAAAGCUGCUUCGUUGAUGAAAGAUCGUCUCUUGUGGAUGAAUCGUGACAAACGCAUUGUGGGUUCGAUUCCUGGAGUUCAAGUUGGGGAUAUAUUCUUUUUCAGGCUUGAGCUGUGUGUUGUUGGUUUACAUGGACAGACACAAGCUGGGAUUGAUUAUCUCAUAGGGAGCCGUAGCUCUAAUGGAGAGCCAAUUGCUACUAGUGUGAUUGUUUCAGGUGGGUAUGAGGAUGAUGAUGAUCAAGGAGAUGUGAUUAUGUAUACAGGACAUGGAGGGCAAGACAAGCUUGGUAGGCAAGCUGAACAUCAGAAGCUAGAAGGUGGGAAUCUUGCCAUGGAACGGAGUAUGUAUUAUGGGAUUGAAGUGAGAGUGAUUAGAGGGUUUAAGUACGAGAACUCGGUUUCAAGCAAAGUUUAUGUGUAUGAUGGGCUGUUUAGGAUUGUUGAUUCAUGGUUUGAUGUUGGCAAGUCUGGUUUCGGUGUGUUUAAAUUUAGGCUUGAGAGAAUCGAAGGACAGGUCGAGAUGGGUACCUCGGUUAUGAAGCUUGCCAAGACCCUUAAAACCAACCCGUUAUCUGUGAGACCGACUGGUUACAUCAGUUUCGAUAUCUCGAAUAAGAAGGAGAAUGUUCCUGUCUACUUGUUUAACGACAUUGACAACGAUCAAGAACCUUUGUAUUACGAGUACCUAGCCAAAGCUUCGUUUCCUCCUGGCUUACUAUUUCAACGGAGCAGUAAUGCAAGUGGAUGCAACUGUAUCUCAGGAUGUAGCGGUGGCUGCCUUUGUGCGACUAAAAAUGGUGGCGAGUUUGCUUAUGAUUACAAUGGGAAUCUAAUACGACAGAGACCGUUGAUACAUGAGUGUGGACCGGCGUGUCAGUGCCCACCAAAUUGUCGAAACCGUGUGACUCAAAAGGGUUUGAGGAACAGACUAGAAGUGUUCAGAUCAGUUGAGACGGGUUGGGGAGUUCGGUCUUUGGAUAUAUUACAUGCGGGUGGUUUUAUUUGUGAGUAUGCCGGGGUUGCUUUGACAAGGGAACAAGCGAACAUUUUGACCAUGAAUGGUGAUACAUUGGUAUACCCUGCUCGGUUUUCAUCUGCUAGAUGGGAAGCCUGGGGGGAUUUGUCUCAGGUCUUUCCUGAUUACGAGCGACCUUCGUAUCCUCAGAUUCCUCCUGUUGAUUUUGCUAUGGAUGUGUCGAAGAUGAGGAAUGUUGCUUGCUACAUAAGCCACAGUACUGAUCCGAAUGUCAUUGUUCAGUUAGUACUACAUGAUCACAACAAUCUGAUGUUCCCUCGGGUUAUGCUUUUUGCUGCUGAGAACAUUCCUCCCAUGACUGAGCUCAGCCUUGACUAUGGAAUAUCUAGUGAAUGGAGCCCCAAGCUCGCCAUUUGUAAUUAAAAUCGUUCUUAACCAGGCCGCCAAAUUUUUCCAGAUUGUAAUCAAGUCGAAGUCGCGGUUAAAUCUUUUGCUCUUUUUCUCGGUUAGUGACAUGAAGUAAGAAGGAAAGCAAUUUGUGCAGAAUCAAGGUUUUGAUAGACCCCAUUCCUCCCAUUGUGUAGACCUUAUUUUGGUUACUUACAAGUGUUUGACUUUUGGGUAUCUUUGCACAACUUGGGAUAAGUUUUUUUGGGGGUUUUAGUGUACAAAACUCAAAAGAUGUUUGUUAUGUCUGUACCGUCUUGCUCCUUAUGUCUAUGAAGUAAAGAUUAACACCUCUCUCUCUCAAA